CUAAUUUUCUCUUCAUCCGUUGGCUGCUUCUCUCUCGCGACGCCCGUCCGGCCCCGUUCGCCUCACAAAACCCUAGGCCACACUCUACUCCCAUGGCGACGCCGGAGGUGGUCGCCUCCGACGGUGCCAACCCGCAGCAUGAGCCAUCUCGGGCUGAGGAAGCUGCCCCAGUGGCGGAACCAGGGGAAGCAUCCGAUCUUGGCGCCGUUGCGGCGGCCCCAGCGGUGGAAGAGGUGGCAGCUGGGGAUGCCCCGCCCGCUACCACUCCUACCUCCACCUCCACCUCGAGUGCCGCAGUGCUACCGCCGCCUGCUUCCCCUGCCUCGGCUGCCGCUCCAGGGCCGCGGCCGCCGCGGCCGCAGUUCGCUGGCUCGCCGGCGUACAUGGCGCCUCCGGCGUCGUCUCCGGCGCCCGCGUUCUCUUACAACGUUCUGCCCAGGGCGCCGCCCCCGCAGCAUAUGGGCAGCGGUUUGGCCCACCAGCAGCUAGCUUCCGCUCCGGCUCCGAUGGCUCGUCCAAUGCCUCCAGCGGCUCUCCAGCCACCAGCUCCACGGCAGUAUUUUGGGAACAGGCCUUCUUUCUCAUAUAAUGUAGUCUCACAUGCCAAUGCUAGCCUGCCUACUGGUCAGCAGUUUCAACUUGACACUAGGACAAACCAUGCUGUCCAAGUCCCUAUGUUUGCUCCACCAGCAUCCUUGCAACCUCCUGCUCCUGGGCAAUUGCCUCGCCUAGGUGCACCAUUCCCUGGACCUAUGGCACCAAAUCCUCCUGCAUCUAUUCGGUUGCCAUUUCCAGUGCCACCUAGGACGCCCAAUAUUCUUUAUGGUGCAAACCCACAACAGGGUAACCUGGAUGUUGGUGCUUCCAAGUCGGAUGCCCCAAGUGCCCCAGAGGUAAGUCCCCAUACAGUGCAGUCACUGCCACCUCGUCCUGAGGGAUUUGGGGCUGUUGGGGGUUCUGCACCUGGACAACGUCCUUCAAACUUGUCAACUCCACCAAGCCUCCUUCAGAGGCCUACAGGUCCAGCCCCAUCUUUGCCUCAAACAUCGCCAUCAGGUGCUGCACCAGGUGCUGUUCCACGGGCAACUCAGCAACAGUUUUAUCCAUCCUAUCCUUCAGCGCCUGGUAAUCCACCUCAACCUUUAUGGGGAUAUCCUCCACAACCUACUGGCUUUCAGCAGGCUCCCUUCCAUUCAUAUCCACCGGGCUCUCUUGGACCUCUUGGUGCACCAAUGGUUGGAACUUCUUCUGUGACUACAUCCUUGCCCAACAUCCAACCACCAGGCAUUACAACUGGUGAUCCCAAAGAACAACCAUCCGUAAAUCCAGGAUCUGUGCAGUCCAUUCAUACUUCAGUUGAACAACAUCCAACAGGGCUGGAGGACAGAAGUACGGCCGGAGUUCAGGAUUCAGAUACAUGGUCUGCACACAAAACAGAAGCCGGUGUUCUAUAUUAUUACAAUGCCUUGACAGGGGAAUCAACUUAUCAAAGACCACCUGGUUAUAAGGGGGAGCUCGAGAAGGUUGCAGCUCAACCAGUUCCAGCUUCUUGGGACAAAAUUGCUGGCACAGACUGGAGCAUAGUAACUACAAGUGAUGGAAAGAAAUAUUACUACGACAAUAAACAAAAGGUUAGCAGCUGGCAACUUCCGCCAGAGGUGGCUGAACUCAACAAGAAUGCUGAUUCUGGCAACUUGAAAGGAAGUUCAACUUCACUGCAGGAUGCUGGCACAGUAGCAAAUAAGGGAGAGGCGAGUGGUGAAAUAAGUACUCCUGCCAUACAGACAGGUGGCCGUGAUUCGUUGCCGCUUCGGCAAACAGUUGCCCCUGCAUCGCCUUCUGCUUUGGAUUUGAUAAAGAAGAAAUUGCAGGACGCUGGUGCUUUCAGUGUGUCCUCUCCUCUUGCUACUCCUUCAUCUAGUGCAUCCGAGUUGAAUGGAUCUAAACCAGCUGAUGGUGCACCUAAGGAACAGCAAGGUUCAAAAAAUGGUGAGAAAUCAAAGGAUAACAAUGGCAAUGAAAAUAUGUCAGAUUCCUCUUCAGAUUCAGAUGAUGAGGAACAUGGACCAAGUAAAGAGGAUUGUAUUCGUGAGUUUAAGAAAAUGCUAAAGGAACGAGGAGUAGCACCAUUUUCAAAGUGGGAGAAGGAACUGCCAAAAAUAGUAUUCGAUUCACGAUUUAAGGCUAUUCCAAGUCACUCGACUAGACGGGCUAUAUUUGACCACUUUGUUCGGACACGUGCUGACGAGGAACGAAAAGAGAAGAGAGCUGCUCAGAAGGCUGCCGUUGAGGCAUAUAAACAGCUAUUAGAAGAAGCAUCUGAGGGCAUUGAUUCGAAAACAGGUUACCAGGAUUUCGAAAGAAAAUGGGGUGCUGACCCAAGAUUUGCAGCCUUGGAUAAAAAAGAAAGGGAGGCUCUUUUCAAGGAGAAGGUGAGGGCUCUUGAAGAGAAAGUUCAAUCAGCGCGAAAUGCUGUCAUAACUGACUUCAAAUCAAUGCUUCGAGAAUGUAAAGAUAUAAUCCCAACUAGCCGUUGGACCAAAGUGAAAGAAAAUUUCCGGAGUGAUCCAAGGUACAAAGCUGUAAAGCACGAAGAGAGAGAGAAUGCUUUUAAUGAAUACAUAGCAGAACUUAAAUCCGCUGAACGGGAAGUGGAGCAAGCUGCAAAGGCCAAAGUGGAUGAACAAGCCAAAUUAAGGGAAAGGGAACGCGAAGCUCGCAAAAGGAAAGAAAGGGAAGAGCAGGAAAUGGAGAGAGUAAAAUUGAAGAUCCGAAGAAAAGAUGCCACAUCUUCGUAUCAGGCUUUGCUUGUUGAAACUAUAAAAGAUCCAAAGGCAUCAUGGGCUGAAUCCAAACGAAAACUUGAGAAGGAUCCGCAAGGUCGUGCUGUAAAUCCGGACUUAGGCCAAGGUGAGGCCGAGAAGUUAUUCCGUGAACAUGUCAAGGACUUAUAUGAGCGUUGUGUCCGUGACUUCAAGGCACUUCUGUCUGAGGCGAUUGCCCCAGACGCAGCAACUCGGACGACGGAAGGAGGAAAGACUGUGGUUAUCUCUUGGAGCGAAGCAAAAGACCUUCUAAGAUCUGAUCCAAGGUACAGCAAAGUGGCAAGCAAAGAUCGAGAGUCAAUGUGGUGGCGAUAUGCGGAUGAUAUGGUGAGAAAGCUCAAACAGCCGGACACAGAGAAACCGGAUACCGAUGCCAGACAACAACGACAACAACGCAGGUCCUCUGAUCCGCCGAGGCGGAGGUAACUUUUAGAAACAUCCACUUGUGUACCUCCCUGGUUAUUCCUCUUGGGUUGUUCAGGACCCCUUGUCUGUGUAACAAAAUGGCCUUGAGUUAUCAUCACCAGUUUUGAUAGCAAGAACUCAACUGUUCCGCAACCCCCUUCCUGGUGCCAUUUUAUGCUGCCAUGUCACAUUGUUGGCUGUUGCGAUAUGGAUAUCUUCAGUUCUUUUGUUGUGAAAGAAUAAAUUUUCUAAAGUUGAUGAAAUACAUCGAGUUGUCUU